CACCCGUACCUGCUACCACCAGUACUAGUACUGUCAUGAUGAUCAAGGCGUGAUAUUUUAUCAUACUAGGUAGUACUCUAGUAUGCCCUUUUGAAAUACAGGCACGUUCAUCCAAAGCUGCAUUGCAGGGUCAUGAACAAUGCGACAUGUGUGGCCCUGACAGUCAAAGAGUCCCAGUAGUGUCCCCUAGGCAAGUGGUCAGCCGGCGCAAGCCUUCACCUAACCAUUUCAGUCCGAUAUGCACUCGCUCGCACCACCUCGUGUUGUUGCGAGGAAAGCUCCCGUAACAAGAACUUCGCCGCAUCCUGGUUUCUCUCCUCUUCCCAGGGCCAUGCACCCCAUGCUCAGAGGUCAUGAACGUCCACGAAAUACGAGCGUAAUGCAAAUGCUGCAUCAGCGGGAGAAGGUUUUUGUACAACCACCACCACCUCGCCAGCAAGACCGCACUUCUCUCAAGCUAGUGUCUCUGACAGCCUCUACUAUCGGUAUCAUCCAAUGUUAUGGGAGGAAAAAAUCCCAUUAACACAUGCAAAUACUAGCUCUACUGCCGCGACUAGCUGAACAUAUUACAGAGACUAGUUGCUUGACGAUCCUAGCCAGAUUCUUCUCGCUCCCGCUAGGUUUCCUCUCCGCCAGUUGACCUCGAAUCAUUUCCUUUACUGCGUAUCAGAAGUACGGAGUUUUUCAACGCCGCACCCAACAUGCAGGCUCUGUAGAAUAAACCUCACGGCAGCAACCGCCUCCACUGAUCAACCGACUUCGAGGAUUACACUCGCUCUCACGCCUUUGUUCCUUCGUCUGCUAGAGACUCAAAGCUCAAAACUAUUAUUUAGACAUGUUCCGUACCAGUAUCACCCACAGGUGCAAACCCACUUAAGGACACAUCGAAACAAAUAAUGACAUAAUGAAUGAGCUGCAU